AUGGACUAUAUAGCACCAUCACUGAUCUCACAAUUGUCCAGCAUUCUUCAAAAUCCAUCUUUCCCAGCACAUCUUCAGUCAGCCGUACAUGCUGUCUGGCACAGCCAGGAUAGCAGGCAGAAGAGUGCAAGUGAGGAAAAUGGCUACCCACAGCUCCACCUUCGAAUUGAAGCAUCAAUAGUCACUGACGUGACGACGUCUAAACAGACAAGUGAUUUAGUCUUGGGAUACAUUGAUCUUCGAAGUGGGCAGGCAGUGCCGUUGCCACCCACACCCGUUUCAACGCCUGACUCUACAAUUAAUACAGAAUAUGCUACCAUCAGCACCGACUCGAACGGCGGCCGUGAUAAUAGCACUGCUCAGAGCCAUCCUCACAAGCGGCGCAAGACCGUAAGCGCGCUUCGACCAGCAAAGGCGACAACCAUUCAGCCAGAUGAGUCAAGAGAUCAUGAAUACGAAAGCUUAGAUUUGGAAGCCGCUGCCGAUUCUAGUGGAACCAAGCCAUCUGUACGACAGGUCCACAGUGACACCCGGUUUCCGCAACGGAAGAACCCACGGCAGGAGUAUUCAUUACCUGUGCUGGAACCGACUUCAGCCGACAAGCUUAUAGCAGGAAUAUGGCGACAACUACAUUCACCUGUGAAACUUAGCCGACUUCCCUCGAUCAUACAAUCAAACACGGAUAUCCGCACUGGUGUUAGUCUCGAGGUAUCCCGUGAGAUAAAUACAUUAUGCCUGAAAUACUACAAUCAAAGCCAGUCCUCUCGUGCUCUGGAAAUGAUCGUCCAAGCAUACUGGAUAGAAUGUUUCGAAGCACGCGUUGCCGUCGUUCGACUAGAGAAGCCUCAUCUUUCGACAACAGAUGCGCGAAUGAUGGUUCUUAAGGAGGCUUGCGUGGUUCUAAACUGGAAGGAAAAGGAUCUCCGUAAUCGAAUGGCAAUCUGGCGCGGUUACAAAGAAAUCAAAGAUACAGGCGGUUGGGCCUGCCUGAUAUUCGCCAGUACUGGCAUCUACCGAUUCUGCAAAUAUCGCACAGAAUUCGGCGAGGGACUAUUUACCCGUCUACGGCAUCUCCAAUCCAGCUUCGAGGUAGCAGCUGAUACUCUUCACCCGGGAUGGAGGGACCUCCUACAGGUCAUUAGACAGAAUACGUCGUGUGUCUAUCAUGGCCAUCCGCAUGAGUGGGUUAAUAUGUCGGAGGGUGCUGCUGUCCCCCUAGCUUCGACAUACGAGCAUCUUGACCUUCCUCAGGGAUUGCAGUACCAGUUCAUUGAAGAGUGUGUGCUAGACCGUACUCAUUUUGGAACACAUGAUCCACGUCGGGUACCAGAACUAGACCCCGAUCUGUGUCUCGUAUGCAAGGAAAGACAGUCGGACGAGAUUCAGAAGAACCAGUGCCUGUGUUUCCCGGCGUUAUUCGGUGGCGUUCGUCAUCCGGUGCCAGUUCAGGUCUUUCGCACGUCGACUGGCAAGAAUAAUGGCGUUAUUGCGCGCUGUGUGGUUCGCGCGGUCGAGCAUACCAAAUAUAUCAGGGGCAGAUGGGCAAUUUCACCCGAUUUAUCAACCACUCCUGUCGGCCGAACAGCCAGUUCCAACGGUUCUACUGGCGGGGCAUGGAGCGCAUUAUAG